CCAUUCCGUAACGAUUAAUACAAGUAGAGGGCUGUUUAUUGCCUUGGAUUCUGCUGUGAAUGGAGCUCAGUGGAAGGAAUUGCACAUUGUCAAGUGUUUUAUUCGUGUAUAUCAUUUCUUCGAAUGUAGUUCUCACAUAAAAUGAGUAUUAUGUCAUAAAAUGGGAGCAAAUGCCUCACAGCUGGAGAAAGAGAUUGGACAUGAUCAAUUUCCUUCUAAUGAGCAUUACUUUGGUUUGGUGAACUUUGGAAAUACCUGUUAUUGCAAUUCAGUAUUACAAGCCCUGUACUUCUGUAAACCAUUUAGAGAAAAAGUUCUUGAUUACAAAGCAAAGAAUAAGAGGACAAAAGAAACUUUAUUAACAUGCUUGGCAGAUCUCUUUUAUAAUAUUGCCACACAAAAAAAGAAAACGGGGACAAUUGCUCCAAAAAAAUUUAUUGCUAGGCUAAGGAAAGAAAAUGAGGUUUUUGAUAACUAUAUGCAGCAAGAUGCUCACGAAUUCCUGAACUAUUUGCUGAAUACUAUAGCUGAUAUAUUACAAGCAGAAAAGCAGCAAGGGAAAGUAAAGACAGCUAAUCAGAAUGGUGAUCAACAUCAAACAUCCAAAGCUGAACCAACAUGGGUGCAUGAUAUUUUUCAGGGAACUCUUACAAAUGAAACUAGAUGCCUCAACUGUGAAACAGUUAGCAGUAAAGAUGAAGAUUUCCUAGAUCUGUCUGUGGAUGUCAAUCAGAACACUUCAAUUACUCAUUGUUUAAGAGGUUUUAGCAAUACAGAAACACUAUGCUCUGAGCAUAAGUACUAUUGUGAGAACUGCUGCAGCAAGCAAGAAGCUCAAAAAAGAAUGCGGGUGAAAAAGCUACCUAUGAUUUUGGCUUUGCAUUUGAAGAGAUUCAAGUACAUGGAACAACAAAAUAGGCACACAAAACUAUCUUAUCGUGUUGUCUUCCCUCUUGAGUUGAGGUUAUUUAACACAUCUGAUGAUGCAUAUAAUCCUGAUCGCCUUUAUGAUUUGGUCGCUGUUGUUAUACAUUGUGGAAGUGGCCCCAACAGAGGGCAUUAUAUUUCCAUUGUUAAGAGCCAUGGCUUAUGGUUACUCUUUGAUGAUGACAUUGUAGAUAAAAUCGAUGCAUCUGCUAUUGAAGACUUUUAUGGGCUUACAUCUGAUACGCAGAAGACAUCUGAGUCAGGAUACAUUCUGUUUUAUCAAUCCAAGGAAUAAGACUUUAAAAACACAGAUUUUCCUAGAGACAGUUGUAGUUAUUCAAUCUGUGUUCAUGCCUUUUAUCCCACUGAGUACCAUCUAGAGCUUUUAAAUAGGUGCUCAUAUUGAAAUAUUUUGACAGAUCGAAUUCCUUUUUUAAGUAUACUCAGUCAGUAUGAACUGCCUUAUUCAUAAAAAGCUCGCUUUUCAUUUGGAUUGUUAUUUGUCAGGCUUUGUUGAUAGUGCAUUCAACACAGCUGUCUUCAUAUUGAUAAUGGAAAUAUUUCUUUUAUGCUAUAAUGUGAAUUUAAGAUUUCUUAGAUAUAUUUCAGCUGUCUGAGCUAGUUUUCAAAGAGUAAAUGCAUUAUUCUUUCCUUCUUAAGUCCUUUUUAUAAUUUUAUAGCUAUUUGAGUUAUGAUGUCUUCCAGUCACUUGUUAAAAUAAUUUUAAAUAUUAUUAACUGAAGAGUUGCUGCAGAGUAUAUAUAAUUUUCCUAAAAAAUACACACAAACAUAUCUCUGUGUCUGUGUGAAAUAUAUGCAUAACACAUAUGCCCAAUUUAUAUAUGUGAACAUAUAAUUUAUGUAUUUGUUUUGUUCUUUUUUACUUUACCGGUGAUUGUUACCUGAACAACAUUAAGCAUUUUUCUUCAUAUACUGUUAUAACAACAUAGGGUUUUUAUAACAGUUGCAUAUACAUUAUGUAAUUAUUAUAAGAAUUUUUAAAAAAUAAGUGUUAAUAAUAAAUCAUAUAUUUUGAAAAUCUAUUUCUUUGAAGUAAAUUUCCAUUGGAAAGCUAAAUAUGUGUUAUGAAAUUACCGUGAGCUGAAUAUGAAUUUUCUGUUUGUUUAUACUUUGUAGUUCUUAACAUCGGAAACAAUGUAUCACACAGAUAUUUGUAAAACUUCAUGAUAUAUACAUUUUCAUUUCAGUCAUCCUUGGAAAGCCAAGCUGUUUGCCAGCAAAAAAACAAAACAAAUGUUUUAGUUUUUCAUUUGAUCAAUUUUAUAAUAUAAUGAAUAUGUUGAAUAUUUAGCAAGUAUUGAUAUAAGAAUCUGUUGUAAAGAGGAGUGGAAACAUUUGUAAGGUGUUAUUUAUUAAAAGAUAUACAUAACAUAGAUAUAUUUGUUGAGUAAGUUACUUUCAUGCUUCUUAAAUACACAUUUGUGAACCAUUGAUUUGUGCUGUGCUAUUUCAGAUAAAGCCAUACAUUUUUUAAUUGGAUUUUAACAACAAAUAUUAUGGGAAAUCAAGAGUAUUUAACCCUUUGAAUGCUGUUACUGUAUUAAUAUCUCUCAAUUUAACAACUAAGAAUUUGCAAAUAACUGCAAUAAUAAAUAGUUAAGAAUAAAAUUUUUUGCAUCCUUU